CACUUAGUACAUUUCUUCUGGUUCUGUCUCCUCUCAUCCGUCUCUUCCUCUGGCAAAAUGCAUUACCACUUUUAUCUCAAAUGUAAUUUCUGUGCAUAAUUUAUUGGAGGCUGAUGUUCUCCAGGAGUGCCUGAACCGGAACGUGGGAUAGCGUGUGCUUAUAGACGUCUUGUAUGGGAGUUUAGCUACCUCGUCUCUGCUAGUUCCACCUCAGCGUCUGGUUCUGUCUGGGAUCCUCAUGCUGAAAAAAAGGAACCCUGAGGGGCUUCUGGAUCGGGAGGUUCUGCUGGAUCUGGACUGUAGUGGAGACACGCAUGGUUCCGACAGUUAUGGAAGCCUGAACAAUGGGGGGUUCAUCCCUCCCAGAUAUUUAAACACUGCAGCUGGUGACGAUUACGAUGACCCCAUCUUUGUUCAUUGCGAGAGGACUGAAAGCCCACCUGCACGGCCCCCCGGCAACUACUUCAGAGAUGGCAAAAGCAAAAUAGACUUUGUGUUGGUGUGGGAGGUAAAGGUACGACGCAAACGCAGAAGUCGGGGGCAGGGAGAGGCGACAGUGGAAGGAGAGGAAGGAGUGCAGGAGGAGAGCAGGUCAGAGAAAAGAAAAGCUCAACUGGCCCGAUCGAGAGACAAAUUCAUCCAGAAUAUUCAGAAUGCUGGUCUCCUAAUGGAGAAGGAGGAAUCAUCUAGUGCAAAGAAGACUAUACAUUAUCUGAAGCUCAGUGCUCCUUGGGAUGUCUUGGUUUAUUAUGCUGAGGAGUUUUGUCUUAGAGCCCCCCUACAGGCACAGCCAAAUCCAGACUUCAACACUUCUGCUCGAGUUCUGCAGAAGCUCUGGGUGCCAAACAUCAUGAUUGACUCCGUUCCCAACCGACCUACGGACUACUACACGUGUGCCUUUCGCAAAUCCAAAAUGGAAAGGUUUCUGGGCUCUGAUGACCGUGAAAACUAUUUCACCAAUACGCAAAGACACAGAAUUGUGUAUGAAAUCUUGGCCCGGACCAACUAUGGCAGACGGAAGCGGGCAGAGGUUGGAGUCGCCCGUUUGCUGAAUGAAGGGGCUUUCACGGGUGCAUUCCCUCUGCAUGAGGGCCCGUUUGAACUCCCAGGCUUUGACAUCAACCCAGAUCAGCUAAAUAAGCGACAGAUUCUGUAUCACUAUUGGGCCAGCUGGAUGAAAUGGUGCAAGUACCAGCCCUUGGAUCACAUCCGUGAAUACUUUGGAGAAAAGAUCGCGCUUUACUUUGCAUGGUUGGGGUUUUAUACAGCGUGGCUUCUUCCAGCUGCUCUGGUUGGGACAUGUGUCUUUGUGUCCGGUAUUAUGACAAUGGGAUCCAAUACUCCAGCGAAGGAGAUCUGUGAGAGUGGAGGACGCUAUCUAAUGUGUCCUCUCUGUGAGACGUGCAAACCCUGGAAUAUGUCUGACAUCUGUCCCAUGGCCAAAGUUGGUUAUCUGUUUGAUCAUCCUGGUACGGUCUUCUUCAGCGUCUUCAUGUCCUUAUGGGCUGUCACGUUCCUGGAGUACUGGAAACGCAAGAAUGCCACUCUCGCUCACCACUGGGAUUGCAUGGAUUUCCAAGAAGAAGAGGAACCUCCACGGCCUGAGUUCGCAGCUAUGGCACCUGCGAUGGAGGAAAACCCAGUGACAGGAGUGAAGGAGCCCUACUUUCCUGAAAAAGCUCGCAUUUCACGCAUGCUGACUGGAUCCAUGGUCAUUGUUAUUAUGCUGUGUGUGGUGAUAAUCUUUCUGGUCACGGUGAUCAUAUAUCGCAGUAUAGUGAGCGUAAUGAUGUUUGAAACUGGGAGUUCUGUUCUGCGCACACAGGCUGGGAAUAUUGCCAAUAUCUCCAGCAGUUUGGUGAACCUGGCCCUGAUCUUGCUGAUGGGGCAGGUCUACACAGCCCUGGCAGAGCAGCUCACUAAAUGGGAAAUGCACAGGACUCAGACGCAGUAUGAAGGUGCCUUUACAUUUAAAGUCUUCAUCUUCCAGUUUGUCAACUUCUACUCGUCUCCUUUCUACGUGGCCUUCUUUAAGGGCAGAUUUGUGGGUUAUCCUGGUCAUUAUGGCACAUUGUUUGGCAUGAGGAAUGAGGAUUGUGGACCAGGGGGCUGUCUGAUUGAACUUGCUGAGCAGCUUUGUAUCAUCAUGGUGGGAAAACAGCUUAUCAACAACAUCCAAGAGUUUAUCAUACCUAAACUGAAGGCUUGGAAACAGAAACGGUCCUUAUCGUCUGUAAAGAAGGCCCAAAGCUCAGCAGAACCUCAGCGGUGGGAGCAAGACUAUGAGUUGAUUCCAUGUGAAGGACUCUUUGAGGAGUACCUUGAGAUUGUUCUGCAGUUUGGCUUCAUCACUAUUUUUGUGGCUGCCUUCCCUCUGGCUCCUCUCUUCGCCCUGCUGAAUAACUGGGUGGAGGUGAGGCUGGAUGCUCAUAAAUUUGUGUGUGAAUACCGAAGGCCCGUGGCUGAGCGAGCGCAGCACAUCGGUGUGUGGUUCAUCAUACUGGAGGCACUUUCCCACGUCUCGGUGAUAGUCAAUGCUUUCCUUAUAGCAUUUACCUCAGAUUUUUUGCCCCGCCUACUGUACCAAUACAAGUUUAACAAUGACCUUCAUGGUUAUGUCAAUUUCACACUGGCAUACUCUCCUCCCAGCUACAACCACACCAGUCAUACUGUGUGCAGAUAUAAAGCAUUUCGAGAUGGAAAUGGAAGAUACAAACUGGUCUACUGGGAGCUGCUGGCGGUCAGACUGGGAUUUAUCAUCGCCUUUGAGCAUGUGGUGUUCUUUGUGCUGCGUGCCAUCGACUGGAUCGUUCCUGACAUACCUGAAUCCUUGCUGCAGAAGAUCAAGAGAGAGCGUUACCUGGCCAAACAGGCACUGGCUGACAACCAGGAGGCCCUGCUGGUGAGUGGCAGGAUGCCUCAUAGGUGAGCAAGCGAAGCGCCCACCUACAUAAGAAUGGUCUGCAGAGAUGAGGGCACGCCAGAAGGGGGCGCACUUGCUAGAAAAUCACUUGACUUGAACUGAUCCAAGAGGGACAUCUUAGUAUUUGCUGCAUUUUUUUAUUUAAGGAAGAAAAUGCACUUGGACUAAAACGUGGCUUCCGUUUGGUGUUAUUUGGUUGUGUGGAGGUGUGUGUGUAGGCUGUAGUGUGUGUGUUUGUAAGCAUGCGUUUCUAAAUAUGGAAGUUCAUGCCAAAUUCGUUCACUAUAAACUUUAGCAACAGGCUGUUUACACGUACAACUUCCUCUAGCUCCAACUGUUUUAAAAGAUGUGAUCUCUACUCCGUCUCUGUCCUCCUGACAAGUGAUGUAUACUGUACCUGUUUAGCUUUAGUGGAAGUUUGCAUUUUUUACCUGAAUACUAAAGUAUAUAUUUGUACUUGACAAAAUGGAAAUUGUAAAAGAUGGCUGAAGCGAAAGAACCUCAUUCUUCAUUACCUGUUGAUAUAAAAUGCUUCU